UGCAGCGAUCUGCCCUCCAGUGUGACUUAUCAGCUGUUCGGAGUUGGUCGCUAAAAGAAAACACAUUGUGGAAUGUACUGCUCUGUGUGAGAAUGAAAUGGCUGAGCCUGCUCAGGGGUUAGGAGAAGAUUUGAGAAUUAGGAGAAUAAUGGUCUUCAGUUUCUGACCUCCUGGCAGGCGGCAGUAUUUAUCAGGAGGCACAUGUGACUGGUUAAGACACAGAGCUCCAGCUUGAAGGAAACAGCUGCUCGUAGUGAGCUCCGGCACUUGGCAGCUGGACAGGCAGGGCGCUGGUGUGAGGCAUACUGGACAGAACUGCCCCAGUUCUCCAAAGUACUUACUAUUUAAGUUGGAUAAGCCAGUACUGCUGACUACAUUCCUAGUUCACUUACCAAUGAUGAUAGCUGCCCUUAAAAUUCUUUCAGACCUGGAAAUCUAUCUCUGUGAAACCAAUAGCCUUGAAGGAUAACAAAGGACAGAGACCACCACUAGACACAAACACCACCAAUUUGCACAAUAAUGGAGAUGGUCUGUCUGAUGCUGAAAAUGUCUCUAGUUUUUUGACAACGGCUAAGUAACCAUGGGGUCAAGUGGACUUGGGAAAGCCGCAACACUGGAUGAACUGCUGAGCACUUGCAUUGAGAUGUUUGAUGACAGUGGAGAGCUGAAUAAUAGUUAUUUGCCAAGAAUAGUUCUACUGAUGCACCGAUGGUAUUUAUCUUCCACUGAAUUGGCGGAAAAACUUCUCUGCAUGUAUCGAAAUGCCUGUGGAGAAAGCUGCGAUGAAUUUCGAUUAAAGAUCUGCUACUUCAUGAGGUACUGGAUUCUAAAGUUUCCUGCAGAGUUUAAUCUGGACCUUGGUUUGAUCCGUAUGACUGAGGAAUUCCGAGAAGUAGCUAGUCAACUAGGAUAUGAAAAACACGUCAGCCUCAUGGACAUAUCCAGCAUUCCUUCCUAUGACUGGAUGAGAAGAGUCACACAGAGGAAAAAAGUAUCCAAGAAGGGAAAAGCCUGUCUGCUGUUUGACCAUCUGGAGCCCAUUGAAUUGGCUGAGCACCUCACUUUUCUGGAGCAUAAAUCUUUUAGAAGGAUCUCAUUCACCGAUUACCAAAGCUAUGUCAUCCAUGGCUGCCUGGAGAAUAACCCAACCUUGGAGAGAUCUAUUGCUUUAUUUAAUGGAAUCUCUAAAUGGGUCCAGUUGAUGGUUCUUAGCAAACCAACCCCCCAGCAAAGGGCAGAAGUCAUCACAAAGUUUAUCAAUGUUGCCAAGAAGCUCCUUCAGCUAAAAAAUUUUAAUACCCUGAUGGCAGUGGUGGGAGGCCUUAGUCAUAGUUCCAUUUCACGCCUCAAAGAGACGCACUCUCAUCUUUCUUCAGAAGUUACAAAGAACUGGAAUGAAAUGACCGAGCUGGUCUCCUCCAACGGCAAUUACUGCAAUUAUCGCAAGGCUUUUGCCGACUGCGAGGGCUUCAAAAUCCCCAUCCUUGGCGUGCACUUGAAAGACUUGAUAGCAGUUCAUGUCAUUUUCCCAGACUGGAUGGAGGAGAACAAAGUGAACAUUGUGAAAAUGCACCAGCUCUCAGUCACUCUGAGUGAACUAGUCUCCCUGCAGAAUGCCUCGCACCACUUGGAACCCAACAUGGAUUUGAUCAACCUGCUCACGCUUUCUCUGGACCUCUAUCACACAGAAGAUGAUAUUUACCAACUGUCACUGGUGCUGGAGCCUAGAAAUUCUAAAUCGCAGCCUACCUCUCCUACGACACCCACCAAGCCUGUGGUGCCCCUAGAGUGGGCAUCAGGAGUGAUGCCAAAGCCAGACCCCACGGUCAUCAACAAGCACAUAAGGAAAUUAGUUGAGUCUGUGUUUAGAAACUAUGACCAUGACCAUGACGGGUACAUCUCCCAAGAGGACUUUGAAAGUAUAGCUGCCAACUUUCCCUUCUUGGACUCCUUCUGUGUGCUAGACAAAGAUCAGGAUGGCCUAAUUAGUAAAGAUGAAAUGAUGGCUUACUUCCUGAGAGCUAAGUCCCAACUACACUGUAAAAUGGGACCAGGAUUUGUCCAUAAUUUUCAGGAGAUGACCUAUCUCAAGCCAACCUUCUGCGAACACUGUGCAGGAUUUCUCUGGGGCAUAAUCAAGCAAGGAUACAAAUGCAAAGACUGUGGAGCCAAUUGUCACAAGCAAUGCAAAGACCUCCUGGUUCUGGCCUGCAGAAGAUUUGCCCGGGCACCUUCCUUAGGGAGCAGUCACGGGUCGCUGCCUGGAAGCCCAUCCUUGCCCCCAGUGCAGGAUGAGGUGUUCGAGUUCCCUGGCGUUGCUAGUGGCCACCGAGACCUGGACAGCAGAGCCAUCACACUGGUUACGGGUUCUUCUCGGAAGAUCUCUGUGAGGCUGCAGCGGGCCACCACAAGCCAAGCCACCCAGACUGAGCCUGUAUGGUCAGAGGCUGGCUGGGGGGACUCGGGGUCUCACACCUUCCCCAAAAUGAAAUCCAAGUUCCACGACAAAGCAGCGAAAGACAAAGGCUUUGCAAAGUGGGAAAAUGAGAAGCCCAGGGUUCAAGCUGGCGUCGAUGUUGUUGACCGUGGCACAGAGUUCGAACUUGACCAGGAUGAAGCAGACAUGGGUGAGACCAGACAGGAUGGCGAGGAUGGCUGACUUCAGGCUGAGGACACUGAAGGCAAUAAUGUUGACAUUUGGAAGGAGCACAAUGAGAAACUCUGAAUAGUCCAGCGCUCAGGAAGUUAUCUGAAAAGAUAUCUGGACGUUUACUGCCUUGUGACACCGUGGGAUCUCCCUGAUUGGACUAUGGGACAGAGGAUUUACCCUAUGAACUAUUUAUUUCCUCCUCCCCUGCCCUUAGGUGCCAUGAAGAUUGUGUUACGUAGUUGAUUGUUUUCUCAUGUAUCUUUCUCUAGAGCCAUUCAUAUACGGGUGAAAUGAAAGCUUUUGUGCAUGUACUUGAUACUUAUUCUCUAAACUCUGACUUUGCUUUCUUUGUGAGAAUAUUAUUUCAGUAUUUUUAUAAAAUUUGGGGGUAUAUUUAAUGAGGAGUUGAUUUUGAGGUCUUUUUAUGUGCUUUCUGGAUGGGACCAGAACUUAACAUUUUCUUGAGGGACAAGGAUGCUCCUCAGAUCCUGGAAUGCAGUGAUUCUUCUAAUGCCGAUCUGUUGCAAGGAGAAGCUGUUUACAUUGUUCUUAUCAUACGGUUGCUAUAAUGAUGUGUAACAAGUCACAUGUUUAUAUAUCAUGUAAGUCUUACCAAUUCUGCAUCACUAGGAAGCUAUGACACAACCAUAAAAAUUCUCCUAAUAUUUAUAAUUGCCAUGAGGGAAAAUUAACUAUACUUGUCCCACCUGACUGGAGUUACCAAUCUUUCCUAAAACUUCUAAGACUGCUAUUAAGAAAUGUGAAAAACAAAAAAAUAACUCAAGCCUUUGUAGAUAAAAUUUAGGAGAAAAACAAACAACCAACCAACUAUUUAACAAAAGGCAAAACAACCAGCAAUUUUUAAAAACUCAAAAUAGUUUUAAGAAUUUUGUUUGUUAAAAAAUAAUAUUUUGGGAUGUGAAAGAGAACUCUUGUGCUCUUCCUAAGAAAUUGUCAUCCGUAAUUAAAGAACAGAGAUAGAAAGCAAAUCAUCACAAACUCCCUUUGAUUAACAUUUCAUCUAAAAUGUUGAAGUAUCAAUAUUGUAAAUAUGUUCCUCUGACCCAAAACAACUACCUGUGCGUCUCUUUCUUACAAGAUAAGAGGAGAGAGAAGUUGAUUCAAGAUGUUCAAAAACAGAUGGGAUUGAGCCUGUGAUCUGCUACCAACUGAUCAUUCAGAAACUGGUCUGCAUUUGGGAGAUUAAGUGUAUAUAUUCUACAUAAGGCUAAAUUCAUUUCUAUUUGAGGCAGUCACUUCAGUUAAAAAAAAAAUAAAAUAAAAAAUGCCUUUCUUCUCGUUUUCCAUUAGGUAACUGACAGUUCUGCUCAGGAAACAUCUGUUGAAUACCUGCUCUGGGCAGGUCCUGUGCUAGAUGCACAAAGACAAGUCAUGCUUGGUCUCUGCCCUCAGGAGCUCAGAGCCUGUGAGAAUUACGUCAAGAUGAUUGCUUAAAAUACGAUUCCAAAAUGGAUAGAAGUGAUUUAAUUGUGCAAUUGAGAGACCAAUUUGCAGAGAUAUUGCAAAUUAAAUGACGGUAUUGGUUGAGGGAGCUGUGAUGAAGCUGGGUAAUCAGAGAACUCACUUACCAUAUGCCAGCACCCCAGAAGGCAAACCACCAUCCCCAAAUGUUGGUUCUAUGUAUAUACACUAUUUCUACUCAUAAAGCCAAUGAAAUACAUGUUAACAAAAUUAAAAACAGAAAACAGCAAUUUAAGUACAAGCAAACUUUCUUGUGUGUUUUUUUAAUUGAAGAAAAUUCAGGAAAAUCUUGUUAAUAAAUGUUGGAUUGUUCUUUUGCUAUUCGGAGUAAUUACUUGCCACUCAGUUUGGGUUAUUUUUGAAUUUUCACAUAUAAGAAGAGUUUUGUAUUGUCAGCCUUCCUGUGACAAAGAUACUAAAUGUUCCUUGAGUAAAAAACAAAUAAAC